GGAGAGUUAUCCUUCCAAAAUUGAUGUUUCAGUAUAACUUCAAAACUUGAAGAUAUUAAAAUACUUAAUUAGUGUGUAUGUGUGCAUGAAUUAAUUUUUAAAUCCAUGCUUUUGUAGUUACGUGGCAUAUGACCAUAUUAACACCUGUUGUCAUACUUGGAUGUGAACAUUUUUAUGAUGGCCCAGCCACUUCACGUGAAGAACAAAGGAAAUUCAGUGGAAGGUGCAACUCAUAGCAGGAGGCUGCGGUUGACAGCUGCAGCUGAUGAAGGAAACUCUGUACCCCAUUCUGAUGUGAUUCAGGAGAAGCCAAAGAAGUUGCAAUAUUCCUCUGAGAAUGUUUUCUCUAUUGGCUAUGAUCAGAGUCUGUUUAGUUUGCUAGUAUCACCCCCACAAAAGAUGACAUGCCAUCAUUGUGGUUUAUUUGGAUCCCUGAGGUGUUCACAAUGUAAGCAGAUAUGCUAUUGUUCUACAGACUGCCAGAAGAAAGAUUGGCAAACGCAUGGUGUUGUAUGCAAGCCAGUUAAACAGAAUUUAAGCAGUAACAAUGGAGGCAAGCCACCUGCUAAAGCCAAGAGGAGAGUUUACCUUAAGGGUAAUUCAGCAUCUGCGGAUUCCCUCCAGAUAGAAGAGCACAUCAAGAAAAUAAUGCUUUCGGAUCUCCAAACUCUAGGGCUUAAAAAAGCUAUGGAAAUAAAGGGUAUAGUAACAGAGUUCAGGAGUCCAAGUGAAUUUUAUGUCCUGAUAAGUUCUCCGGAGGUUUUAGACCGUAUCAAUAAAAUUUCUGUGAAACUGCAAGACUGUUACGCUAAUACAGUUAUUCAAGAGGAGUAUAUUCCUAUGAAAGGGGAAGUCUGUGUUGCAAAAUAUUCUUUGGAUCAGACCUGGAAUAGAGCACUGGUAAAAGAUGUGGAUAUAUUGCAAAAGAAAGCCCAAAUAUUCUACAUUGAUUAUGGAAAUCAAGAAGACAUUUCACUGUCCAGGAUUAAAGCACUCCACAAAGACAUUGAACGGUUUCCUCCAUGUGCCAUUAAGUGUUCCCUUGCUAAUUAUGAUGCAAGACAAAAAGGAUGGAAUGAAGGCAUCACUAGCUUUUCUCCUCAGUUCAUGGGAAAGCACUGUUCAGUAACUGUUGUUGACAUACUGCAGGAAGAAAUGAUGCUCAAUUUUGCUGUGGAUGUUGUUCUUCCAGAUUCUGGGAAAUGUCUAGAUGCAGUACUGUUAGAAGUGAGAUCUGAUUUAACUCCAAAGAACAAUGCCACGGGAACAGACUCUCCAAGAGAAAACCAUUCUAAAGGAAGUGAAGAAAAAAUAGCUGAAGGUGAAGAACCACUUCACACUGCUGAUUCGGUUGCAAAAUGUGUCUGUAUAUGUGUUGGAGAUGCAUUUUCUGGUGUGGUUUCCCAUGUUCAAACUCCAGAAAAUUUUUUCUGUCAGCAGAUGCACAAUGGACGUCAUCUUGCUGAGCUUCAAGUGUCCCUUGGUGAAUAUUGUGACAAAAUUCCCAGUAUCCCAGAUUUCCAUCCUGCUGUUGGAAAUGUGUGCUGUGCCCAAUUCACAGAAGACAAUCUUUGGUAUCGUGCUGCCAUUCUAGCAUACACUUCUGAAGAUACUGUUCUGGUGGGCUAUAUAGAUUAUGGUAAUUUUGAAGUUCUUCACCUGACUAGACUUCGUCCUAUGAUUCAGAGACUAAUGGAGUUUCCAGUUCAAGCAAUAAGAUGUACUUUGGCAGGUGUAAAGCCACUGAUGGGAGCCUGGACCUCAGAAGCUAUUUCUCUCAUGAAACAACUGGUGCAAGACAAAGUGUUCACAGUAAAAGUAGUUGAUAAAAAGAGUAAUAGCUUUGUGGUGGAGCUCGUAGAUGCAUCAGUUACUCCAGUACAAAAUGUAUCAAACUAUCUCCUAGAAAAAGGCUGUGCUGCUGAGGAAUCAAAGAUGGCAUUGCCAGCAAUUGAAAUGAGUGAUGUUGAGGAGGCAAAUGAGAAUACAGCAAACAAAAACAUUUGGAUGUGGAGUAAAUUAACUCUUAAACAAACAGUGGAUGUCAUAGUGUGUACCCUGUACAACCCCGGAGAAUUCUACUGUCAGGUUUCAAAUAGCAGUGAGUUACUUGCUCUAAACUCACUUAAUAAAUCAUUGUCUGAAUACUGUCAAAAAACUCCACCGAGUGUUUUUAAACCUAAGAAUGGAGAUCCGUGCUGUGCUUUUUUCUCUGCUGAUGGUAACUGGUACCGUGCUCUCGUGCAAAAUGUUGCUUCAGAUGGAGCUGUUAAAGUAUGCUUUGUGGACUACGGAAAUGUUGAGGAAGUACCACUGGAUAAAAUUCGUAUAAAGCCUGUUAACAGCAAAUGGAUCCCAGAAGCUACAGCAAGAUUUCAUAUGUAUGCGGCAGGGAUAAAGCUUCAAGCCAGAGUAGUUUCCUUUUCCAGAGAUGGGGCAGGUGUAGAGCUCAUUGACAAUUCCACAAGUUGUCCUAAAGUGAUCAAUGAGAUGUUAAUUUAUGAACAGUUGGCUGUAAAGGAAGUUUUACAAGAUAAAAAUAAGUGUCCAAAUAAAUUUGUUGACAAAAAAGAAAUCUCACUUGGGCAAUGGAAGUCAGUAGAACUGGCUAUAGAUGAAACCCUAUCUGUCUGUGUAACGGAAGUCAUAAGUCCAGACUUGUUCUAUGCUGUGCCAGUUCAAACUAGAGUAGAUCUAGAGACGCCACAUAUGCAGCUGAUUGACCUGGAAGAGUAUUGCAAAUCUUGUCACAAGCAGCCCUUUAAACCCAAAGUGGGUGAAGUCUGUUGUGCAAAGUUUUCAGGUGAUGGCCGUUGGUACAGAGCUCUUGUUCUAAAAGUUUCUCAGUCCUUAGUGAAAGUACUAUAUGCAGACUAUGGGAAUACAGAAACUUUACCACUUUCGAGCGUGCUGCCAAUCACUGAUUCCUACUUGAAGCUGCCUUUUCAGAUAAUUAAAUGUUCACUUGCAGGAAUAAAGAAAGCUGAGUGGCCUCCAUUAUUACUAGAUAUGUUAAAAGAAAUGUUAUUGAAUAAAUAUGUCACAAUUACAGUGAAAGGGAUUAGUGGGAAUGUUAAUUUAGUAAUAGUGGAGAAACUCUCUGAAAAUGGUACUCUGAAUGUAGCUGACAAACUAGUAAUGGAAGGCUUGGUCAAAUACUGCAGUACUGGGAACUCACGUGCUCUACAUCAAGGCUGUGGGAGUGAGACCAAAUGCUGCUGCGCAGAAUUGAGAGUGCAACUUAAGAAGCAUGAACAGAUUCUCCUCUUUCUUUUAAACAAAUAUGGAAAUUGUGAUGGAUUCAGUGAAAUGAAAAAACUGUUGGAUUAAGUCUCUCUGACAUGUGCAAUUUCAUUUGUAUUUAUACCAGGUUGCUGCAAUUCAUUUUUUUGGAAGAGCAAUUGUAUGCAUCAGCUUAUAAAGGAGAGAGUUGCUUUGUAGAAAUUUUGCUGUUUAGAUACCAGCACGUAUGGACUAUUGUUGUGAAAUAACUACUUAACCUUGAAGGAUUUCAAAGCUGCAAGUUAAUUUUUCUCUUCUGUUUUUGUUUGAUACAAUGUGUUUAUAAGCGCUUUGCUUUUAUUUAGCUGUUGAAUGUGCAUAACCUACAAUGCAGUGGCAUUCCAUAGAAUAAUCGGCUUCUGCAUACCUGAAUUUCAAACAAUUCUAAUCAUAAAGCUUGCUUCAGCUUUGAUUAAUGCCUUUCAUUUUACUUGAAAAAUGAUAUCUUCUGAUUAUAGUCAUCUUUCAACUUAAUUUCUUGUCUAUCUGAAGUUAGACUGAAAAUCAUUCUUUAUAAGCUUGGUUUCAGUAUCAUUAAAAGUUAAAUCUUGGACUGUAUAUGGAUAGUUCUCUCUCCCUACAAUCAGUAAACACUUAGAUGCACACAACUCUUUAUUUACAAUUAUGCUGUUUAAUUUGGACCUGUGAAUGUUGUUUUGAAAUGAGUUCUAAUAGAUCUCUUGAUUUUUGUCUGUGUUACAGUUAGCUGUAUGUUUAAGACUGGUACCCUGCCAAUUUUUUUCAUGUCAUAAUAAAAAGAUCACAUUCUGGGAUAUGACAAAAGUACUGAAAGUCCAUUAAUAAACUUUGAUUCAGUAUUUCUCAAAAAUAUAAUUAAUACCUAGUCAUUAUUCCUGACUCUUAAUCCAGUGGCAAUGAUACUAGUGGGUUCGAAAUCACUGUUCACAGAGCACAGUGAUAUUUGCUUGUUAAAGCUGCAUUGACAUUUUUUUUCUUUUGAAGUAAAUACGUUAACAUAGGGUUUUGUUCAAAUUGGAACGAUCUUGAGAUUAAACGUGUUCUGAAAGUGAAAUGUCUUUGUUUGACUUAAUGUUUCAUUUAUAAAUUGCCUCAGUUUUUCCUGCCUUUUCUUAGUUUUUCUUGCAUUCUAACACUUGCAGUGUCUAAUAAUUAGACUAAAUCUUGCACUUAGCUCUCUAGAGUUCUUCUUUUGCUCCCCAGUUCUGAACCAAGAUUGUGGCCGUCUUGAGUGUCCUUUAUCUUCCUGGGACAACUGUGACCUUUAAAAGCAUUUGUCCACAUGCAAAACAAAAUGUACUGCUGCUUUAGUCCUCCCACAGCUUUUGUUCAAUUUUCCACGUAUUGCCUCUCCUAGCAACUAAUAUUCAGCAAGCAGUCGUGCUGUUUCAAAAGAUGACUUUCACAGCAAUAGUCAGAAGUAGUCACUUUGUCUACAUUUGAAAAGCAGGAAAAAGAAAAUUCUGGAGGAGGAAACGAUUAUUUGUCCUAUGCAGGCAUCAGAAACCCUGGAAGGCAGUGGUUGGUAUUUUACUUAGUAAUGCAGGUGUGGUGUGGUGCAAAGGAAUUUGGCAAUAUCUUUCUAGAUAGCGGGAGGAAGGGAGAAUUAAAAGACCUAGAAUGGUUCAGAGUUAAUUCACUGCUUAAUUUCAGACAAAAAUUUCUGGAACAAUGGUGUAAGGUCAAAUCCAGAAAGAAAUGUGGAAACCUCUUAGACACCUUCAAAACUGUAACAUCCAAUCUCUUUGUAAAUAAAAUGCCCUAAUCUUC